AUGACCUCGCCCCUAAGAUUGCUCCUCGCAUGCGGCCUAGCCGUCUGCACCUAUGCAGCACCACUACCACACCCAGCAAUACCAAGCACAACCGAAGCGCGACCAAUCACAUCCACCUCAGCCUCGUCUACCUGGUCAAAUGAAGCCAUCUUCACUCUGAUUGGUGUCAUCGUCGCAAUCACUGGCAUUCUCGUCACUCUCCUGCUCUCUUUCUCAAAGUUACGCGAAUGGAUUAGCUACCCUUUCAAGUAUUGCAUCAAACGCAACCAACAACGCUCGAUGCGUUCACUCCAAAACGACGUUGAAGAGUGGCUCGAAUUCAGGCAAUGGUCUAAUCUUCGUCGUGGUCGAAAUGCUUUAUGA